GAGGAAGAGGAGGAGACGGAGGCAACAGUUCAGUCUGCGGGAGCAGCGCAGGGAUCUGCUCGUGCGCUCCAGAAACUGCGCACUUUCCUCCUGUUUGUUUGUUUUUCUGUUGUUUGUUUACUUCUGUCAGCAGUGACUGGACUCAACAUGGCACAGCUUUGAGGAUUUAUCCUUUUCCCUCGUCUCCGUCUGUGGAAGUAAUCGCCACAGUGCGCGCGCUCAAGAUGGGGCCAAAAGUGUUGUGGAUGAGAGGAGGCGUCCUGCCGGCCGCCGCGCAGCUGCUGCUGCUCGCGCUCCUGCACGGCGCCGCCGGCAAAACGCUCAAAUACAAAGUUUACGAGGAGCAGAAGGUGGGCACCGUCAUCGCCCGCGUGAAGGAGGACGUCUCCGGAGUUCUGUCCAAGCUGCCCGGCUCCCUGAGCUUCCGCUUCCGCGCCAUGCAGCGGGGCAGCGCGCCGCUGCUGUCCGUCCGCGAGGAGGACGGAGAGAUCAGCAUCGGAAGCAAAAUCGACCGCGAGAAGCUCUGCGAGAAGAACCUGAACUGCACCAUCGAAUUCGACGUGGUGACGCUGCCCACGGAGUACCUGCAGCUGUUCCACGUGGAGGUGGAGGUGCUGGACAUCAACGACAACUCCCCGCACUUUUCACGCGCAAUCGUGCCCAUCGAAAUCUCCGAGAGUGCGUCGGUUGGGACGCGCGUCCCGCUGGACGGCGCGGUGGACGCAGACGUGGGGGAGAAUUCCCUCCACACCUACUCACUGACGCCCAACAACUUCUUUAAGAUUGACGUGAGGACCAGGACGGAUGGGGCCAAGUACGCAGAGCUGGUGGUGAUGAGGGAGCUGGACCGGGAGGUCCAGUCCAGCUAUCAGCUGCAGCUCACGGCCUCCGAUAACGGUGUGCCCCCCAAGUCAGGGUCCACUUUACUCAAGAUAAGUAUCUCAGAUUCUAAUGACAACAGCCCAGCUUUUGAUGAACAGGCGUAUGUCAUCAGUUUGAUGGAAAAUUCCCCUCUUGGCACUCUGAUCAUAGAUUUAAAUGCCACAGACCCAGAUGAAGGCACAAAUGGUAAAAUUGUCUACUCCUUCAGCAGCCAUGUUUCACCAAAGAUCUUGGAAACAUUUAAGAUAAACCCAGAAAAUGGCCACAUAACUCUUGUUAAAAAAGUUGACUAUGAAACCACUGUUUCAUAUGAGCUAGAUGUUCAAGCUCAGGAUUUGGGUCCAAAUUCGAUCCCUGGACUCUGUAAGAUAGUGGUGAAAGUGGUUGAUGUGAACGACAACAAACCAGAAAUAAACAUUAACCUGAUGACUCAAGGCAAAGAGGAAGUUGCGUACAUAUCAGAAGGGGCCCCGGUGGACACGUUCAUAGCUCUGGUACGGGUUGAUGACAAUGAUGCUGGCCUCAAUGGGGAAGUGGUGUGCAGGCUGCACGGCCACGGACACUUCAGGCUCCAGAAGACCCAUGAGAAGAACUACAUGAUCCUUACCAACAUCUCACUGGACAGGGAGAAGAGGUCAGAGUACAGUCUGACAGUUAUAGCUGAGGACAGGGGUUCCCCCAGCCUGUCCACCAUUAAACACUUCACUGUUCAGGUGCUGGAUGAAAACGAUAAUCCUCCUCAUUUUGAGAAGAACCACUACGAGAUUUUUAAAUCUGAGAAUAACUCUCCUGGGGCCUACCUGAUGACAGUGGUGGCCUCAGAUCUGGAUUUAGGAACAAAUGGUCAGGUCACCUACGCUAUCAUAGAUGCUUUGAUUCAAGCGAGCCCCAUUUCUACCUAUGUCACAAUUGACCCUUCAAAUGGUGCCAUCUAUGCCUUGCGGAGCUUUGACCAUGAAGACGUCAGCCGGAUAGCAUUCACUAUUCAGGCUCGUGACGGGGGGAACCCUGCUCUGUCAGCCAACACUACUGUCCUGCUCACUGUUCUGGAUGAAAAUGACAAUCCACCGGUCAUCCACUCCCCUGCUCUCAGGAAUCAUACCGCUGAACUCCCUCUGUGGAAGUAUGCAUCCCCUGGUCAGCUAGUCACGGCACUGAAAGUCACUGACCGUGACUCUGGUGCCAAUGGAGAGGUGAGCUGUGCCAUUGUUGGAGGGAAUGAGGAUGGACUUUUUGUGAUGGAUGCUCGGCGGUGUGAGCUCCGAACCAAUGCCAGUCUGGAGCAGGCUUCACGGGAUGUGAUGGAGAUAAGAAUAGAAGUACAAGACAGAGGCACCAACCGGUUGACCACAGGAGCCCUCCUCAGGCUCUCCCUGCAGGAAAACAUGGAUAUCCUCCCCCCUCUCUACCCCACCGGCUCCAGCGGGGCUUCUUUCGAUCUCUCGCUCAUCAUCAUCAUUUCUCUUGUCGCUGUUUGUGCUCUGCUGCUAAUUGUCAUGGUGAUGUUCGCGACCACUCGCUGCAGCCGCGAGAAGAAGGACCCCAGGCACAACUACAACUGCCGUGUGGCUGAAAACAGUUACCAGAACCACCCCAAAAAGCCUGCCAGACAGAUACAUAAGGCAGACAUUACCCUGGUCCCCACUGUCAAUGGAACCUUACCUGUCCGAUCUCACCCGCACUCCCCCCUGCCCUCCCCUACACCUGAGAGAGGCACUCUGGGAAGCAGGCAGAGCCAUCACAGCCGGCAGUCACUCAACAGUCUAGUCACCAUCUCCUCCAAUCACGUGGCAGAGAGUUUUGCCCUGGAGUUGGCCCACACCACACCUCCUGUAGAGCAAGUCUCACAGCUUCUGUCCAUGCUCCAUCAGGGCCAGUACCAGCCACGGCCAAGUUUCAGAGGCAACAAAUACACCAGAAGCUACAGAUAUGCCCUGAAUGAGAUGGACAAGUUCAGUCUGAAGGACAGCGGCCGUGGAGACAGCGAAGCUGGGGACAGUGACUAUGAUCCUGGCAGGGAGUCCCCCAUGGAUAGGUUCCUCGGUGAGGCCUUUACUGACCUAUAUUCUCCCAGUGGGCAGCACAGACUGCAUGCAGCUAUGAAACAUUGCACAGAGGAGUGUCGUGUUCUGGGUCACUCAGACCAAUGCUGGAUGCCUCCCCUGGCCUUACAAGCCUCAUCCUCCACUGACUACCGAAGCAACCUCUACAUUCCUGGGGAAGAAGCACACCAAGCUCCAGACAUUUCUCAGGAAAAGAUCUCACAACCCUGCACUGACACCUGCCCUGCCCGGAACCAGAGCUUCUCUACCUUUGGUAAAGACUUUGGUGGGGAGGAUGGUGAAGAAGAGGAGGGUGGAGAAGGUGGCCCAUCUGAAGAAGGAGAUGAAGAUCUGUGUGGUACCACAUCAUUGCUGUCAGAGAUGAGCAGUGUGUUCCAGAGGUUGCUACCACAAGGUCUGGAUUCAUACAUCCAGGUCAACGAGAACCAGAAAGGGACAAGCCUGGGUGGGGUUGGUGUACCCCUGACUGGAUCUUUAGAUCGCAGAAGAGGCCAUCUACCAGGGAAGCCUAGUCCAUCUGUACACCAGCAAGGUGUGGCAGCCUGGGCUGCUAACACUCACUUCCAGAAUCCAGGUAGCAGCAUCUGUGCUUCUGGUCAACAUCAGGUUGGAAGCUAUCAUACCCUCAAACCCAACACCAAGCUCAGUUCCCAGAGCAGCAGCCACAAGGGUUCCCAAGCACCUAGAAAUAGUCCCCAGAAUAGUGGACAUGCUCCUAAAUCCAACAGUAGCCCUCUGGUAACAGGACUGGUCAACCAGACAAUGGUGCAGCCGUCUCUUACUCCGGCCCCAGUGCCAGUUCCAGCUCCUGGGCCCUCUUCUAAGUGGCUGCCAGCCAUGGAGGAGAUCCCAGAGAACUAUGAGGAGGAUGAUUUUGAGUCGGUUCUCAGCCACCUUCAAGGCAAACGCAGUGACAGCCGACAUGAACUGGUUGAUGCCAGCGAGCUGGUGGCUGAAAUUAACAAACUCUUACAGGAUGUCCGGCAGAGCUAGAUGCUCUUUUAUAUUUAUUUUUUACACAUUCACUGCCUCUUUAUAAAGAAUAAACAUGAGAGGUAAGUGUCAAAAGAAAGAUAAAAGUAACUUAAAAUAUGUAAAAUAAAAAAUAAAUAAAAAAUGCAAUAGGGUUGGGCAAUAGAUCAUCGUCAAUGCAACGACCAACGAUUGGUGAUAUAUUGGUACUUGGGGCAACAUGGGGUUGUGAGGGAGGGUUACCAUUCUCCAUACAACUGUGAAAGUAUGAUGUUAGUAGCUAAAAAAACAAAUAGUUUUAAAAAUUACUUUGAUUUUAAACCUAGAAGUUACUCGCAGCUUUGGACAAGAAAUAUACCAGAUCCAUGUGACCAGCACUGGGUUGAUAUUAGGAGCUACAGCCAGCUUUAUCAGUCAGUUUUUAUUAAGUUGGAGCCGACAGGAAAUGUCUUAAGGUUUGGUUUUCACUGUUCUGUGGAUCACUGCACACAAAGAAUGCUUGGUGGAGACCAAGUGAAUAUCAUUGGAACGGUGUCACCACAUACGAUUAUUAGUACAGUUAUGAACCCUAAAGGUAGGAUCUCAUUGGGCUGCAAUGGUUGAUGACACAAAAUUGUGGGAAAAUGGCAGAAACAUUUUCUAAACUUUUGUGUCAUUGUUCUGUAUUCUGAGUGUUUGCAACAGAACAACCAACGAGCCGAGUGGUUGUGUUUUGAAUGGCCAGUUUUUGUGCCAGAAGUGGGGCCAAGUCAUUAGUUAUUUUCAUAUGCUUGGCUUGCUUGGUUUCAUUAUUGGAGGCAGUGCACAUUAUCUUGUUGCCCACCUGCACCCACAAUAUGCCCACUGUGGCAGCUCCCCCAUUUUAUGUUUUAACUUGCUAGAGUACACUUUUGGAAGGGAGACAAUUAGAUUUGGACCAGUUUUUCAACAAUUAUUAUUUAUCUUCAUUGUGGUGUUUAGACAUGGACGUUUGCCUCAGGUGCUUUUUGUUACAGGAGACAUUCAAGGAUUCAAGGUUCUUUAUUUGUCAUUCGCACCACAUGUGGUGCAUGUGGUGGAACAA